CUGUCGUCGAUUUUUCACUCGUUUAGUCUUUGAAAAAGUGUAAAAGUCACCGUUCCCGGAUCAAAAUUUGUUUUAAAAUUUUUAAGAAGCCCCACAAGCGUGAAUGUAGCGUAUUUAAGUGCGGUUCAGUGAAAAGUGCAAAGCACACGUGUAUCACAUCCUCAAUGGUCAUUACCUUCCGGAAAAGCGAAAUCGGGACAAACGCAAUCCAAAGACGACUGCUAGUGCAGCACGCUGAACCAGUGGCAGCAGGAGGGCUAAUGUCCAGAUUAUAGAAUUCAAAUUGCAACAGCUGGACUUUGCACACCACUAGGAGGAACUUAGAGAAGAAAACAGUCGAAUCGAGACUUUUUUCCUACAUUUUCAUCAGGCGUGUUUUGUGAAAGGAUCAAAAGAAAAAAAACUGAACGUUAAACAAUUCACCGACAUAUAUAGAGGGGAAACAGUUAAUUCCAUUCGGUUAUAUUCUGGUGGUAAGCACAGUUAAUCGAAAAAUUCACAAAUCCAAUCACGUCAAGUGCAAGCCAUCAAGACAUCAAUUUUGCAGAGAAGUGAGCGCAACGCAGCUGCACCCAAGAAGCGAAUUAGUGACCCAAGUAGCCCAGCGCCGCCGAGGAUUCAGUUCCAUUCUGCAGCCAGCCGCCAUCUCAGGGUGAGUCCCUGACAAGCAGCCCCAACGGCGUCCCAGACGAUUGUCCUAUCCAGCCCGGACAACGCAGCCGCGGCCCCCAAAACCGAGGCCAUGGCGGAGGUUCUCAAUCUGGAGAGCAUAAUUGCCCGUCUAUUGGAGGUGCGUGGCGCCCGGCCCGGCAAGAAUGUGCAGCUGUCGGAGGGCGAGAUACGAGGACUGUGCCUCAAGUCACGAGAGAUACUGCUGACGCAGCCCAUACUGUUGGAGCUGGAGGCGCCGCUCAAGAUCUGCGGCGAUAUCCAUGGCCAGUACUAUGAUCUGUUGCGUCUGUUCGAGUACGGCGGCUAUCCGCCGGAGGCUAACUAUCUCUUCUUGGGCGACUACGUGGACAGGGGCAAGCAGUCGCUGGAGACCAUCUGCCUGCUGUUGGCGUACAAGAUCAAAUAUUCGGAGAACUUCUUUUUGCUGCGCGGCAAUCACGAGUGCGCCAGCAUUAAUAGAAUCUAUGGAUUCUACGACGAGUGCAAGCGAAGAUAUACCAUCAAGUUGUGGAAGACAUUCACGGACUGCUUCAACUGUCUGCCGGUGGUGGCCAUUGUGGACGAGAAGAUCUUUUGCUGCCACGGCGGACUGAGUCCGGAUCUCACCUCGAUGGAGCAGAUCCGUCGUAUUAUGCGUCCCACCGAUGUGCCCGAUCAGGGACUGCUCUGUGACUUGCUGUGGUCCGAUCCGGACAAGGACACCAUUGGAUGGGGCGAGAACGACCGUGGCGUUAGCUUCACCUUUGGCGCCGAGGUGGUGGUCAAGUUUCUCCAGAAGCACGAUCUGGAUCUGAUCUGUCGUGCCCAUCAGGUCGUCGAGGAUGGUUACGAGUUCUUCGCCAAGCGCCAAUUGGUCACCCUCUUUUCCGCCCCCAACUAUUGCGGUGAAUUUGACAAUGCUGGUGCCAUGAUGUCCGUGGACAAUACACUUAUGUGCUCCUUCCAAAUCCUGAAGCCCGUCGAGAAGCGCAAGAAGUAGAGGACAGCGAGAUCUGUUAACGCUUCCAGAUUUAUUAUUUUACACCAUAACACUGGCACGCAACUCAUUCACAAUAUCCUACACGAAAUCGUUUCGAAAUCAUCAUAUCCACAGUCAUCCCUAAUCAACCGGAUCGAAGAAAUAGCCCAACUUCGACAUAUGGAGUUUUUCCAACGAACUCACAGAGAUUUGAACGCAGAGCUUAUACUUAGCUAAUGCAAAAUAUUGCCAUAUGUUACUUUUACAAAAAUAAACGUCCAAAUAAAUU